GAUGCAGCCGCCGCCCCGGAACCAGGCCUUCCCUCUUCUGCCUUCCAGGAGGGGGCCUGGGAGUAGCCCUCGGGAGUGCAGUCUCCCGCACGUCCCGAAGUCCCUCUGGCCACCCGGCGUCGAUCCAGGCGGAGGCCGGGAGGGGGCCGCCCUCCCCGCGAGGCUCCAGACUCAGGCAUUUCCUCCCGGCUGCCCCGCGCGGCCUUCCCCUCCGAAAGAAGAAAAUUCGGGGGCCGGAGUAACUCGGCCCAUCGCCUCCGUGUGCAGCGGCUACCGAGCCAGGAGGGCCGCCCAGGGUAGGGUAGGAGUCCGGAGCAGAAGCUGGCGAGGGCAGCGCGGCGGGGACUGAGCUGGACGGGGACAGGGCGCGGCCAGGGGCCGGAGUGUGCUGCGCGGGCGGCUCCUGGAAGGGGAACUUGAGCUGGGAGAGGAGGCAGAGCAGCGGGGCUGCUGGCCCCGGCGCUGCGAGCGGGGAGCCGCCUCCAAGGCCAAGGACACGGGGGCCGCGGGGCCGCCGGGGCGCUGCGCGCAUGCUGGGCAGGGGACAUCACCCGGGCUUGUGCCCUGGGCCGCCCGGGCUCCCGGCAUGUCCGUGCGGUACACGCUCAACCUGAAGGUCUUCUGGCCGGUGGUGACCGGGCUGUGCACGGCUCUGGUGUGCCUCUAUCAUGCCCUGCGCAGCAGCGAGGGCGCCCGGGCCGAGCCCCCCGACGGCGCAGACAGCGGCUUCCCGCUGCUCAAGGUGGCUAUCCUUCUUAUCCUUGGCUACAUCCUCCUACGAUGUCGCCACACCAUCCGCCAGCACCUCUUGCCAGGCUCUUCCCGCCCGUGUGGCCACACCAACUUUUCAGCCAGACCUUUGCAAGAGCCAGACCUGAGCAUCUUGUUGGAGAGUUACUAUGAGCACGAGGUGCGCCUGUCGCCGCAUGUGCUAGGUCACAGCAAGGCCCACGUGAGCCGGAUCGUGGGUGAACUGGUGCAGGCUGGCCGGGCCCGAGGGUCUCCCGGCCCCAUCACCGGGGGAGCACUGGCCUUGGCCUUCCGGGGUGAUUUCAUCCAAGUGGGCAGCGCCUACGAGCAGCAUAAAAUCCGCCGGCCGGACAGCUUCGACGUGUUGGUGCCACUGCGCCUCCCGCCGCAGGUGGCGCUGGAGCCACGGAGUCUGGGGACAGAGCCCACACUGGCCCCCGCCUUCCGCAGUUGCUUCGUGUGUGCCCUCAAGGCACCGCCCUCGCCGUCGGGGACCUCGACGGGCCAGUGGCAUCGGGACUGCAAGCCCUUCGCUGAAGGGUUCUGUGUGGAUGUGCAGGGCCGGCGCCACCUCUCGGCUACCCUGGUGCUGCGAUGGUUCCAGGCGCACCUCCAGCGCUCCUUGGCCACUGUGCGCUACAGCCUGGAAGGUCGCUGUCGGGUCAGCCUGACCCCAGGUGGUCUGGAGCAGCCUCCCAUCCUCCAUAUCCUUCCUUGCCGCACGGACUACGGCUGCUGUCGCCUUUCCAUGGCCGUGCGCCUCAUCCCCGCUGUCCAUCUGGGCGAUGGCGUCUUCCUUGUGGCACCGCCACCACCACCCUCACCCAGUGGGGCCCUGUCAGAGCUCCCGGGUGGCCUGCGCUCAGAGGCACUGUGGGGUGUGAAUACAGCACGCCAGGAGCAGAAAUUGCUGGGCUGUCUUCAGGAACGGGCGCCUCCAGGUGCCUGCUACCUCAAGUGCCUGCAGCUGCUUAAGGCUCUUCGAGACCUGGGUGCCCGCGGGCUGGACCCUGCGGCUGCUACCCAAUGGGGACGCAUCCUGUCCUCCUACGUGCUCAAAACGGUGUUGUUGGCGGUGCUUCUGAAUGAGGGCGGCCCCAUGCACAGCUGGGACGAGGCACACCUGAGUGAGUGCUUGGAGAAGCUAGUGAAGUUCCUUAGGGACUGCCUGCUGCGACGCCGAGACCUCUUCCACUGUGUCCUGGGCCCAAGUGGGGCAGCUGCCGAAGUGGGUCCCCUGCCCAAAGCGUUGCGCGAGGCCUCUCCGGUUGACCUCCUGGCACCUUUCGACCCGCGUGCCCGGGAGCUCGCAGCAGCGCGGUUGCUGACCACCUGGCGAAGGUUGCCCCAGCUUCUCCGGGCCUACGGUGGCCCCCGCUACCUUGCCAGGUGCCCCUCAACCCGGAGUCCACGCAUCCAGGGCUUCCCGGAAGAUGAACCCUGAUUACACUCCACCCGACCAAAUGCCUCUUUCCCACAGGAUGGGAGUGAGGAUGGCAGUUAAAUUUGAGAUGAGCUGCAGAAAGUGUUGGGAAAUUUGGAGGGUAUUAAAGGCUCUGGUGGCAUGAAUGUUCUGCCCUAGACGCAAUGACUCAAGAUAGCCGUGGCAUCUCCUGCAGGCCCAUUAGAGUGUCCUGGGUGGUCUUAUACACAAAGAUCUCUCUGCUCCCAAAAGGCACAAUCAUGAUUUGUUAGAUACCAGGUCCUCAACUAGGUUCCCCUGUUUUUGGAGGGGUGUUGUAUGUUUGUUUAAGUUAUGGGGCUGGAAUCCUGGGCCUUGUGUAUGCUAGGUAGGUACUCUACAACAGAGCUACACAUCCUUGGGCCUCCUAGUCUUGUUUUUAAAGGGGAGAAAAGUCCUUGUCCACAACUGGAAUUGAAAUUCUAGUCCAGCUGUUAGUGUUCCAGAGUCAUAAUUUAGCCAUUCCCAUGAGCAUUCAUGCCUUUUUAAUGGUGCAAUCACAAGUUUGUUCAGCAAGAGUAAUGGAAUGGCUAUAAAUUGAGUGACUUGUGCUAAGAGGUGGUUGGGAGCUGGUUGGCGACUUUCAGAGCAAGCAACACUUUAUGUCCAGUGGUUCUCUUGUCCGGUGGUGGUUGGAACCAGGGGCUAUUCAGAGGAUGCUACAUGCAGUCGUUAGAAAGACCAACGCUCUGUAAAGCAGCCAGCCCCCACUGUUCACCACUCUCCAGGUCACAGGUGAGGAUUUGCAGCGACACUCGGCACCUGUUCAUUUGAUCCAGGCACAAUGCAGAGGGAAAGGAUACUUAAUUAAGACAGGUCUGGCAAAAGUGUGAAACCUAAGUCUUGAAAAAGAUCCUGCCUAAGGCUCCCAGUCAGCUGGACACAACCCGCCUUUGUUUCAAAGCUUCUGAGCCCAUGGCGCUGCAGGCUUGUGUCAGAGUUUAAGAACCUAGGAGAAAAUGCUUGGCAAUCUGCCUGGUAAGGGUUAGGCUUCGGUGAUACCUAGUGUUGGGUUAGAGGUUGGAAGGUUCUUGAUUGUCCCGACAACCUUACACAGUCUUGAAGGCCAGCUCUUGCUUCUGCUUAUGACCUGUGAAAGAGUAGCUUGCAGUAUGCGCUUGGAGACCUGUCACUUGACACCAGUGCGCAGAAGAGGUGGGCCACAGGAACUGAGGGAGAAAUGGGAGAGCUGGCCAUACAGUGCUCUGCUCUUCCCGCUGAGCGUCCCCAGGCUGGGUGCGUCUUGCAGUUGGGAAGAGCCCAUUCUCCAGGGCCUCUCAUCCUCCGGGCUGCCUGACAGCUACGAAGAGCAGUUCAAUUUCAGAAUGUUCCACCUUCCUCUCUCCUAGUGGGAAGUGCGGCCAGUCUCAGCAAUAAACUUAGGGAUUUUCUUUUUUUAAGCAGUAAAGAUCUGCUCCCUUAGACUCUAAAGUGAAGGUUGGAAGACAAAAAUAGUCACAUGAAUAAAGCCAUUGUUUAAUCCCCUAGCUAUCUGGAGGGAGCUCUGCAAAACCCCCUUUCUUUAGGGCGCUGUUGGCAAAUCCAUGGGAAUAGAUUGUAGGGAACUUCUCAUUAGAGCUGUGUAGGCUUCUUGUGCCCUUUGCAGCUGUGGACCGAAAGUGUCAAGAAACAGCUGUCUCAUUGAGUUGUUUCGGGGACCAUUCCUCUUGAUACCCCAAAGUCCUUCCUAGUUUUUUUGAGGCCAAUAUUUGGUUCUAAGGUACGGCAUUGGAUGCAGGGGUUCUUCCGCCAGCCUCUUGCAAGGGUAGAAACUGCACAAUGGGUUUUAUUUUAAUUACUUUAGAAAGUCAAUGCCAAGGGAAGAUUGUGUGUGUGUGUGUGUCUGUGUCUGUGUGUGUGUGUCUGUGUGUGUGUGUCUGUGUGUGUGUGUCUGUGUGUAUACUACAUACAUGAUUUCCAUACUCAGCCUGUUGAUUCCUCUAUAGUCAUUAAGUUGGAAUAGGGGACAAUGAGGCAAUUUUCCAAUUAUUAGAUUCCUUUUUUAAAAAAAAUCUUGAUUUUAAAGUAUAAAUCUGGUUAUUGUUAUAAAUAUAAAUAGCUUGUAUAAAUAUCUUUCUUGUAGGUGUUUUCCGUUAUUUUUAUUUUUUCUGGUUAAUUAACCAAAACUUCAUCCAUCCUCAAAGUUUUUAAAUUUUAUUAUUAUUAUAUUAUUAUUAUUAUUAAAUUAAUGGGCAUUGUGUUUGUAAACUAAAAAAAUAUUAAUGUUUUAUUUAAAUGCCAUGCUGAACAGUUGUUCUUGAUAUGUGGCAACCAAAACUUAAGAGAUUUCGAUCAAUUUUGAUCAAUGUUUAGUGAUCUGAAACAUGUACUGUGUACAGAUGCAAUAAUACGGCUGUUAUGGUAGCUGCCCGAGGCUUUAAAUUCAGCUCAGUGCUGCAUUUCGUUCUAGCCACUGUCACAGCCUCUAUUUGAUGUGUACACAUUUUUGGUGUAUAUUUGGUACUGGAGAGUCAUAUAUGCCAAUAUUCUCAUAUAAGAUGGCUCUACCAGAAGAUAAAGAGUUGUUUAGCCAGUGCCCGAAGAAAAUGUUUUGAGGAAGAUGACUCAGCCCUUUUUGCAGCCAGACACUUCAGAAACUCCCACUGCCCGGCUCGGAGCCUUCCUGGAAUGUUCGUGGGCUGGGAGAAAAUAUGUUUUGCAAAAUGAAGUUGGAGUGGAAAGAGAGGACAGUUUGAGUGAAUGCAAAUAUUCUCUGAGGAUUUGGGGAAUGGGGACUUAAGAUGGAUGUGCACGAAAGAAAUGGGUGGGGGGAGACAGGUAAAGAUCCCCCGAGGGUGUGAGAGAGUUUUAGGUGAGGAAAUGUGUUUUUAGGUAUGUGAUAUUUCCAGCCAGGAGUCACAAACUCGGUAGCCUAAAGAAAGGGAAAUAAAUAAGAGUGGGGAGGGUGGUGGGGACUGUGCCUACCUUAGAGAGGGCUGCCAUGGCUCAGCUCAAGGCAGGAAAAGAAAAGGUGGGGCUAGGAGUGGGUAUUUCAAAUGGAAAUACUGAGGUUCACUGGUUUUUAAUUUAAGAAGUAAUUUAAAAUGUCUAAAACUACCAAAUGAGCAGAAAUUUGGUUGAACCUGAGGCCACCAGUUUGCGACCCCUUGCCUUAUACAGUUAGACUUCUACCAAGUAUACAUAAGGUUAUGUUCUUUGCCACGGAGAUGAUGCUUAUAUAUAGGUGGGGGUGUGCUAGUUCAUUUCUACUUUAUCUCUCAGAGUUAAGCUUUAUUAUAGGAAUAACAACAGAAAAAAUUAACACAGCCACAGAUAACAUUUAUCCCCAGUUUCUGGUAGGGCUCCCAUGCAAGCCUGGCUCUCCAGUCAGAAUCCCAACUGAAAGACUUGGGGCUGUUUCUGGAUUUUCUUUGCUGGUGAUUUGGGGUCAACUUCUUGCCUGGCUGCAGUUUGCAGAGCAAUCAGGCAGGAUUGCAGAAUAAGUCCUUCGUCUUUGGCUCUUAUAUGAAAAUUAAUUGUUUUGGUUGUUGUCCAUGGUAACCUAGCCUGGGACUUCACAACGUUGACUGAAGGCGUUAAACACCAGCAAGACAAAAACAACAACACAAACAGCCAGUGCUCCAUCUUUGGGCUAAAUUCCAUGGCUUUGUGCUAUUCCCACCUCCAAGAACACUGGCAGACUUUACUUCCAACGUUUCUAUCCCUUUCUGACUCAGUGUCUCCCACCAAAAUUACCAGCAGCUGAGCAUGCUUCCAAAGCAUCUCUUGUCACCUCCCAGAGGAAGUCAUGUUUUCCACAGAACUCAGCUUCCUGGCUUUGACCUUGAUGAAGAGGUUUUUCCCAUGUCUACACAAAGAAAAGUUUCCCCCACGUGGAGAAAAUGAACCUCACCCACAUUUCUGAUAUCCCUCUCGAGGGAAACUGGUUCAGUGUUACCCCUGUGGUGUGUCUUAGUUUUUUCUUCUUCAAUUGCUUGUCUGUAACACAUCUAUUUAUUUUUUAUGGCACAUGGUGGGGUGGGAAUAAUGCUAGUGUAAGUCAAGAGAGGGUGACAAUUCCAGAUCAUGUACACAGAGAAAAUAGAAUAAGACCUGCAGCUAACUGAUAUGGAAUCCGGUUCUGGAAGUAUUGGAUAUUCGGGAAUAUUUUAGCACCUUUUGCCAAAGAAAAAGUUGCCUUUACUUAGUCACUUGACUUGAAGCAUUCCAGCACUGGCUGUUUUUAAAUGUGCCUUCUGACCCCAAACUGCACAUCGGGAUACAGUUUGAGGGUCUCAGUUACAGCCUAAGUUUGUUCCAAUAAAAAAGACCAAAGAGUUAACCAGACCUGGCUGGCUGCUAUCAUAGCUGUAUGAUUAAGGAUGUCUUAAUCACGCAGUGUCCAUGGUCCCAGCGGCCAAGGCCCGUCAAGCUCAUCUUCAUUCGAAGUUGGAGUAAAUUUGCACUUUCGAUCCUGUGGGUCACUAGGGGACCUCGUUCUUUCCCAUUUUGCUGUAUCAAUAAAGGGACUCAUGGAAA